AUGCCGCACAAACGUGCCAAACGAGUUGUUCGUGAACAAGAGAGAUCCCUGAAAGGUCAUAAUCUGCCGCCAAAGCACCUUGGAAAUGAGGAGACGGUGCCAAAGUCUGUAGCUCGCAUUCUUAAUGCCGAAAAAAUCCGCCUGGAAUUCAGGGAGAAGAAGCGGAAGAUCGAUGAGCCCAACGGCGAUGAAAGCCCUCAGCUGAAACGAAGACUGGCCAUGCUAAAAAUUCAGCCAGGGGAAACUAUAGCUCAUUUUAACAAGCGAGUCGAGAGUAGCAUGAUGCCGCUCAUUAGAACAGCUAUGCAGCAGUCAUCGGCCCAGGUCCGGAGAGUCCAGAAGCGUGAAAUUGAGCAGGGAGUCGCCAAGCCUGGUGCACAGGUCAAGACGAUGAUUAAUGACAGUACUCGUGCAGACGUUUCAAAUCCAUCGCUGCCCCCUUCGACCAACACACCCCUCAGCCGCACGGACGCUUUAAAUCUAUCACCGCUCGCAUCGACUAGCACACUCCAGCGGCAGCAUCGUGAUAAACCUAAGGAGUUUCGUGUAUCUUCAACCUCAGCACCGCGCCGCCUCAACGAUAUUGCACAAGAACCGCCACGAUUUGACAGACUGCCUCGGGGUGCCCGAUCAGGCAAAGACUCUUCGAAAGAAAAAGUUACGGGGAUACUGAGCAUGGCACAAAAGGCAAUGAUGGAAGAAGAGAGAGAAAAUGUCAUCAAACGUUACCGGGAACUUAAAGCUAAGAAGUUGCGUAGUGAUUGUAGCGGCGCAAUGGGCGAAUGA